UCCUGUGAGAGCGUUGGAAGUGGUGUUGCAUCUUAUCUAACAGCAGCCUGGCACUGAUCCGCUGGCCGCGCCCUCGACUGCACCCGUAACCUCGCCUGCAAAGACGUCGCUGAGGUGAGUCCACGCGCGACGCGCUCGUCGGUGCGCGAAAAUCGCUACAUAGAGGCGUGCGAGCGCAUAUUAUCUCCAUGUGCAUUGUGCAGGGAAGAACCUGUGCUGUGUGCGACAUAUCAUCGGUGUCCGCUACACUUUCUUCUCGUCAAUGUGUCCACCGGAUUCUUUAGGAUCUGCGAUGCACGCCCAUCCCCUCCCUCGAGCAUCCGUUGACAUCAGCGUCCACGCCACACCUUUCGCCUCACCCGAGGCCAAAGGUCCGUCGCUUUCCGCCAUUUCGGGGUUGGGGGCGGAGCACCUUGCCGCACCAGUCUUCGUCCCCAAGACAGCGAUGAGUGACAGCUCGUCCUCCACGGCGCCGCCGUCAAGUGCGACUCCCGGGCCGCCAGAGUGGGCCAAUGCCGCGCCUUUCACUCCGCCUGUCGACGGGAUGCCGAGCAUGCAGCAGCAACAGCACCAGCAUCAGCAGCAGCAGCACCAGCAGCAUCAGCAGCAUCCACAUCAGCAGGGGAUGGGCUACGAUGAAGGCCUUGGUUUCGAGCCGCAGCCUGGCAUGGAAGCGAGCAUGUUCAUGCCGGCUGCUCACCGUCGGCUACCCGAGCACCACCUGUACACCUCGCCCCUGCCACAUGUUGCAGCAGGUCGUCAGCCAAUGCACUCGUUCUUCAUCCCGGAUGAUGUUCGCCGAAUGAUCCACUCGCGCCAGGAAGCGACCUAUGCCAAUCCAGGCAUCUCGCAGGGCAUUCCGACCGAGGUCCACGUCUACCACUCCCUCGUGCCACUCGGUAACCCAGCCACCAUGAGCAACGUCAGUCGUGUGUUCCACCAUCCAGGUCCCGUGUACCGUGCAGCGAGCACCGUGGACGGUAAUGUCUACUGUCUUCGUCGUCUUGAGGGAUACAAGCUAUCAAGCGAGAAUGCGUUUGCAGCUGUGGAGACUUGGCGUCAAAUCCGGCAUGCGAACAUUGUCGGUUUGCGCGAGGCAUUCACAACCAAGGCCUUCAACGAUAAUUCAAUGGUCAUGGUGUACGACUUCCACCCCGAUUCGACGACGAUCGCUGAGGAAUGGCUCAACCCCGACGCGAUUGCGCAUCGACGCCAGACAGGAGCGCCCAUUCCGGAGCGCAUCGUGUGGAGUUAUGUUGUUCAGCUGGCAAAUGCGCUGAAGGCAGUGCACACCGCAGGGCUGGCUGUGCGUUGCCUCGACGCAAAUAAGGUAUUGAUCACGGGCAAGAACCGCGUGCGGAUCAAUGGCGUCGGCAUACUGGAUGUGCUCAGCUUCGACCAGCAGACCCCCAUGGGUUUGUACCAGCAGGAAGACCUCCUCAACUUCGGGCAGCUCGUCAUGUCUCUAUGUGCGGACUUUGUGCAGCCGGGCCAUGCGCAGAGCAUCGCGCAAGGUCUCGACUACAUCGGCCGCGCGUACAGCCUCGACCUUAAAAACCUUGUUGGUUACCUCCUGGGUAAGCCAACGGCGCUGAAGACGAUCGACGAGGUGCUGCGACUCGCUGGCCCGCGCAUCCUUAACGAGCUUGACGCGCUGCAGGCAUACAACGAUGUCCUCGAGAAUGACCUCGGCGCAGAGGUUGAGAAUGGUCGCAUAGCGCGCAUGCUCAUUAAGCUUGGCUUCAUCAAUGAGCGUCCUGAGUUCGAGAUGGACCCGCAGUGGUCCGAGUCCGGCGACCGCUACGUCCUCAAGCUCUUCCGUGACUACGUCUUCCAUCAGGUCUCCCCCGACGGCAAGCCCGUGGUUGAUCUAUCACACGUGUUGACAGUGUUAAAUAAGCUUGACGCCGGCGCGCGUUCUCGUGAGAAAAUUAUGCUCGUGUCGCGUGACUCGCAGUCGUGUCUCGUUGUCGAAUAUCGCGACAUCUACAAGUGUAUCGAGUCUGCAUACAACGAGCUCCGCAAUGCCGGCAAGGCGAUGCGUCGAUAGAGGAAAAUACGAUAAACCGUAAAAACAUAUGAAAAGCUGCAAACGAUGAUU